GGCCCCGUACCGGGAAGGCUGAUAGCUUGAGCCGAGCUCAAUCAGAGUGGUAGAACACAUCGGCGACAUGUGCCAAAGCGACGCGUACUUUAAAAGAAAAGUGACAGCAUGACAAGCCCUCGUUCCGACAAGUUGUACCUUUGAGGCUUCAAGACUCGUGAAUAACGAAUGACCAUUAUUUCAAUUAGAUCGCCGAUUAUUUUUAACCAUAAUGACCUAUUUGAAUACGUGGGAGGAGUUCGAAAAGUGCGCGGAAAGGUUAUAUUUGCAAGACCCGAUGAAGGCACGAUAUACCAUGAAAUAUUGCCACCAAAAAGGCAUACUUUCUCUAAAAUUUACAGAUGAUCGAACGUGCCUACAAUAUAAGACUGAGAUUGCCCAAGAUGUUAAGAAAAUGGAAAAAUUUAUAAAGAAUUUAAUGCGACAUAUGGCAUCGAAAGACAACUAGUAUGAGACGACAAUUUCUAGGAUAUUAAGAUUAAACAAUAAACUUUUCAUGGAUUGAGAAGUAACACGUAAAGAUUCAGCCUCUUAUACAUAAUUAAAAUGUAAAAUUUACAUUUUGCGAUGGCAAAAUUUUGUGCGGUUAAGCAACGACGCCAUAAAUUUUCCACAAAUUAUUUAAGCUAAGAAUAUAAAGUAGCGUCGAUGCAAUGUUUCCACACAGUAUAUUAUGAGCGCUCUUUGUAAUUAUUGAAUUAUAUAAUAUUUUAAUAAUUAUCAAUAUUUAAGGAAAUGGUUAGCAUGUAUUUUCAUUAAUCUCUGCUUAUUGUGUACAUUUAUUGUUUAAGAAUUAUUUGAUCAAUACUUCUCUUGUUGCUCAAAUUUAUUUGAUUAUUUCUUAUUUAUUUUUCAUACAGGAGAGUUGUCUCUAUAAAUGCUCGCAAGAUACCCGAAGAAUGCAUCUUUAUGCAUUGCCAACUAGUCAUUCGUUCCAAAUCAUUUACAGCCUGACAUAACUAUUACAUAUGGUAAAGUGAUU